CAGAUGCGGAGCAGCCAGCGGGGAGGGAAGCGGCUCUCCUGCAGCCGGCUCAGCACCAGCAGCCCCCCGUGAGAAGGAGCGGCCGCUGCCCGCCGGCCGCUCCCGGCUGAUGCCCGCACAGACCUGCUGAUACUGUGUGUAUUGAGGGGAAGAAGAUGGUUUGUCGACACGAGAUAAGGAACUGUUUUGUCUUGGGUUUUCUAGCUGUCACAGCUUUUUUCAUCAGUGAUGUCCAGGGCCAAGUGUCCCCACCAACAAGACUAAGAUAUAAUGUAGUGAGUCCUGACAGUGUACAGAUCUCUUGGAAAGCCCCCAAAGGGCAGUUCACUGGAUAUAAACUUCUUGUCACUCCAAGUUCAGGUGGAAAAACAAAUCAAUUAAUUCUUCAAAACACUGCAACCAAAGCAAUUAUUCAAGGUCUCAUUCCAGACCAAAAUUAUGCCCUUCAGAUCAUUGCAUUCAGUGAAGACAAGGAGAGCAAGCCAGCACAAGGCCAGUUCAGAAUUAAAGACAUAGAGAGAAGAAAAGACACAAGUAAAUCCAAGGUGAAGGAUCCAGAAAAAACAAAUGCGAGUAAACCAGCUCCAGAAGGAAGCCUGUUUACCUGUAAAACUCCAGCAAUUGCAGAUAUUGUGAUACUAGUAGAUGGUUCUUGGAGUAUUGGCAGAUUCAAUUUCAGGCUUGUUCGACUGUUCCUGGAAAACCUGGUUUCUGCUUUCAAUGUGGGAUCUGAGAAAACAAGAGUAGGUCUUGCACAGUACAGUGGUGACCCCCGAAUUGAAUGGCACCUGAAUGCCUAUGGCACCAAGGAUGCUGUUCUGGAUGCAGUCCGGAAUCUGCCAUACAAGGGAGGGAACACUUUAACAGGUCUUGCCUUAACUUACAUUUUGGAAAACAGCUUUAAGCCUGAAGCAGGUGCUAGACCUGGAGUAUCUAAAAUUGGGAUACUGAUUACUGAUGGGAAAUCCCAAGAUGAUGUUAUCCCUCCUGCUAAAAACCUACGGGAUGCUGGCAUUGAGCUGUUUGCUAUUGGUGUAAAGAAUGCAGAUAUAAAUGAACUGAAGGAGAUUGCCUCUGAGCCUGACAGCACACAUGUCUACAACGUGGCUGACUUCAACUUCAUGCAUACCAUUGUUGAAGGUCUUACCAGAACAGUGUGCUCACGAGUAGAGGAGCAGGAAAAGGAAAUCAAAGGAGCAAUUGCUUCUCUUGGGACUCCUUCAGACCUGGUCACAUCGGAGGUAACAGCCAGAGGCUUCCGGGUCAGCUGGACCCAUGCACCUGGCAAAGUGGAAAAAUACAGGGUUGUGUACUACCCCACUCGAGGAGGACAGCCAGAAGAGGUUGUGGUAAAUGGAAGUGUGUCAACAGCAGUUCUGAAAAACCUGAUGUCUUUAACUGAGUACCAGAUAGCUGUGUUUGCCAUCUACUCCAAUGCUGCGAGUGAGGGCCUCCGAGGAACAGAAACCACCCUUGCCUUGCCAAUGGCAUCGGACCUGCAGCUCUACGACGUGUCCCAGAGCAGCAUGAGGGUGAGGUGGAAUGGGGUCCCGGGUGCCACAGGCUACAUGAUCCUCUAUGCCCCCCUCACUGAAGGACUGGCAGCAGAUGAGAAGGAGAUAAAAAUUGGCGAGACGUCAACAGAUCUUGAACUGGAUGGACUAUUGCCAAAUACAGAAUAUACAGUCACAGUUUAUGCCAUGUUUGGAGAGGAAGCUAGUGAUCCCCUUACAGGACAAGAAACUACAUUGCCUCUAAGUCCACCAGCAAACCUGAAAUUUUCUGAUGUUGGACACAAUAGUGCUAAGGUAUCAUGGGAUCCUGCUUCCAAAAACGUAAACGGCUAUCGCAUCAUGUACGUUAAAACAGAUGGAACAGAAACCAAUGAGGUUGAAGUUGGUCGUGUUUCAACCCAUACUCUGAAAAGUUUGGCACCCCUUACAGAAUAUACUGUUGCUAUUUUCUCCCUAUAUGAUGAGGGACAGUCUGAGCCACUUACUGGCAGCUUUACCACAAAAAGAGUUCCAGCUCCCCAGUAUUUGGAAAUUGAUGAAGCAUCAACAGAUAGUUUCAGGGUCAGCUGGAAGCCCCCCUCAUCAGAUAUUGCUUUUUACAGACUGGCAUGGAUUCCUUUGGAUGGGGGGGAAUCUGAAGAGGUUGUCAUAAAUGGAGAUGCAGACAGUCAUGUUAUUGAGGGUCUGUUGCCUGACACAGAAUAUGAAGUUUCUCUGCUGGCAGUUUUUGAUGAUGACAGUGAAAGUGAAGUUGUUGCUAUUCUUGGAGCUACAACUGCAAGUGCCACCACAGCACCUUCCACAGUGAGCACCACCGGUGCCACCACCUCUGAGCCCAGCACAGCAGUUCUUCGAACAGGAGUCAGAAACCUUGUAAUAGAUGAUGAAACAACCUCAAGUCUGAGGGUGACAUGGGACAUUGCUGACCACAGUGUUCAGCAGUUCAGAGUGACCUAUCUCACUGCAGAAGGUGACCGUGCUGAGGAAGCGGUAAGAAUGGUUAUGGUGCCUGGCAGACAAAACACUCUUCUACUUCACCCUCUGCUGUCUGAUACAGAAUACAAAGUUACCAUAACCCCCAUCUAUUCAGAUGGGGAAGGAGUCAGUGUCUCAGCUCCUGGCAAAACUUUGCCCCUGUCUGCUCCUAGGAAUUUACGUGUCUCAGAUGAAUGGUAUAACAGAUUACGUAUCAGCUGGGAUGCGCCACCUUCAGCAACAAUGGGUUACAGAGUUGUCUACAAACCUGUCAACACUCCUGGUCCUGCAUUGGAGACCUUCGUAGGGGAUGACAUUAAUACCAUUCUCAUUCUAAAUCUCUUCAGUGGAACAGAGUACAGUGUUAAAGUAUUUGCUUCAUACUCAACAGGCUUCAGUGAUGCCCUAACAGGCGUGGCCAAAACCUUGGAUCUGGAUGUGACGAAUUUGGAUUCCUACCAAGUCCGCAUGACAAGUCUGUGUGCUCAGUGGCAGCUGCACAGACAUGCUACUGCUUACAGGGUAGUUAUAGAGUCACUUGAGGAUGGCAAAAAGCGAGAAGUAAAUCUUGGUGGAGGGACGCCUAGGCAUUGUUUCUUUGAGCUGAUGCCUGGAACCAAAUAUAAAAUCAGUGUUCAUACACAGCUUCAGGAGCUGGAGGGCCCUGCUGUGAGCAUCGUGGAGACAACGUUACCGUUUCCUACUCAACCACCAACAACACCUUCAACACCACCUCCACCACCUACAAUCCCACCUGCAAAAGAGGUGUGCAAAGCAGCCAAAGCUGAUCUGGCAUUCCUGGUGGAUGGCUCGUGGAGUAUUGGAGAUGACAAUUUCAAUAAGAUAAUUAACUUUCUCUAUAGCACUGUUGGAGCUUUGGAUAAGAUUGGUCCUGAUGGAACACAGGUGGCAAUAAUUCAGUUUAGUGAUGAUCCCAGGACAGAAUUUAAAUUGAAUGCAUACAAAACAAAAGAGACUCUUCUUGAAGCUAUUCAGCAAAUAGCCUACAAAGGAGGAAAUACAAAAACAGGAAAAGCCAUUAAACAUGCACGAGAAAACUUAUUUACAGGAGUGGCAGGCAUGAGAAGGGGCAUUCCAAAGGUUUUGGUUGUCAUUACUGAUGGGCGAUCACAGGAUGAUGUGAACAAAGUCUCCAGAGAAAUGCAACUAGAUGGUUUUACAUUUUUUGCUAUUGGAGUGGCUGAUGCUGACUACUCAGAGUUAGUUAAUAUUGGCAGCAAGCCCAGUGAAAGACAUGUCUUCUUCGUGGAUGACUUUGAUGCCUUUACAAAGAUUGAAGAUGAGCUGAUCACUUUUGUUUGUGAAACUGCAUCAGCAACCUGCCCACUGGUAGUUAAAGAUGGCAAUAAUUUUGCAGGAUUUAAAAUGAUGGAAAUGUUUGGUUUGGUUGAAAAGGAGUUUUCAGAUGUGGAAGGGGUUUCCAUGGAACCUGGUACAUUUAAUGUUUUCCCAUGUUACAGACUGCACAAGGAUGCUCUGGUAUCCCAGCCUACCAAGUAUUUGCAUCCUGAAGGUCUCCCGUCUGAUUACACCAUCACGUUUCUCUUUCGGAUACUCCCGGACACACCUCAGGAGCCAUUUGCUCUGUGGGAGAUUUUAAAUGAAGCAUAUGAACCACUGGUUGGAGUUAUUUUAGAUAAUGGUGGAAAAACUCUGACUUUCUUUAACUAUGACUACAAAGGAGAUUUUCAAACUGUAACUUUUGAAGGUCCAGAAAUAAGGAAGAUAUUUUAUGGGAGUUUUCAUAAGUUGCAUGUUGUCAUCAGCAAGACCACGGCCAAGAUAAUUAUUGACUGCAAGGAAGUGGGUGAGAAGACCAUUAAUGCAGCAGGGAAUAUUAGUUCUGAUGGCAUAGAAGUGCUGGGGAGGAUGGUGAGAUCCAGGGGACCAAGAGACAAUUCUGCACCACUGCAGUUGCAGAUGUUCGACAUUAUUUGUGCUACCUCAUGGGCCAAUCGAGACAAAUGCUGUGAACUUCCUGGCUUGAGAGAUGAGGAAAAUUGUCCUGCCCUUCCUCAUGCUUGUUCCUGUUCAGAAGCCAAUAAGGGUCCCCUUGGACCUCCUGGACCACCGGGUGGUCCAGGUGUCAGAGGUGCCAAAGGUCAUCGUGGUGAUCCAGGUCCAAAGGGACCAGAUGGACCUCGAGGUGAAAUCGGUGUUCCUGGACCACAAGGACCUCCAGGACCACAAGGACCCAGUGGACUUUCUAUUCAAGGGCUUCCAGGGCCACCAGGUGAAAAGGGAGAGAAGGGAGAUCUUGGUUUUCCUGGCCUGCAGGGUGUCCCAGGAGCAUCAGGUUCACCGGGAAGAGAUGGAGCUCAAGGUCAAAGGGGCUUUCCUGGCAAGGAUGGACCCACAGGCCCACAAGGACCUCCUGGCCCAAUGGGCAUACCUGGUGCUCCAGGUGUUCCAGGUGUUACUGGAAGUCAGGGGCCACAAGGUGAUGUUGGAGCUCCUGGUCCUCCUGGAGCUAAGGGGGAAAGAGGUGAACGGGGUGAUCUCCAGUCCCAAGCAAUGGUCCGGGCUGUUGCUCGUCAAGUGUGUGAGCAGCUCAUCCAAGGUCAUAUGGCAAGAUAUAACUCGAUUCUGAACCAGAUUCCAAGCCAGUCUGUCUCAACACGAACUAUUGCAGGACCUCCUGGUGAGCCAGGUCGGCCAGGGGCUCCAGGGCCACAGGGUGAGCAAGGAUCACCAGGCAUGCAAGGGUUUCCAGGAAGCCCUGGCCAACCAGGAAGACCUGGAGAAAGAGGUUUACCAGGUGAGAAAGGAGAAAAAGGCAAUCCAGGUGUUGGAACACAAGGACCACGAGGCCCACCAGGAUCCACAGGACCUCCAGGAGAAAGUCGAACUGGCAGCCCGGGACCACCAGGAUCUCCAGGCCCACGAGGUCCUGCUGGCCACACAGGAUCCCCGGGCUCACAGGGUCCUGCUGGGCCUCCAGGGUACUGUGACCCAUCCUCCUGCGCUGGCUACGGCAUGGGAGGUGGAUACGGUGAGCCAACCGAUCAAGACAUCCCAGUAGUGCAGUUGCCACAUAACUCCUACCAAAUCUAUGACCCUGAGGACCUUUAUGAUGGUGAGCAACAGCCGUACGUAGUUCACGGGUCCUACCCCUUACCAUCCCCAUACUCCCAGUCCUAUCCAUCACCUCAUCUUGCUCAACCAGAGUUUACUCCUGUUCAAGAAGAGAUGGAAGCCGCUGAGCUGAGAUCCCCGGGGAUCAGUCGCUUCGCAAGGAGGAUAGCCAAGAGGAGCGCCAAGAGCCCAGAACGCACAAGGGCGAACGGAAAAAGCCACUCCCAAUGAACUCCUUAAAAAAGGGAAACACUUUAUGCACACCUGUCUUCGGCCUUUUGUCCUGGUGCCUCACCUGUCACUGAAGAUGUUUACAGGCUCUUAUGUUAAAGGAGAAAAAUUGUACAUGGCCAGCUGGCACAACAAAUAAUGGUAAUUAUCUUGCAUGCCAGAAGUUUAGUAUGUUAGUGGGUUGGUGCUAGCUGGUGAUGAAAGGUCACUUGUAGAUCUUCCUCUGGAGUACUGUUCCAUUCACUCUUCUAACUGUAUGUGAAAAAAUGCAUCUGGCUAGGUGGUGUAUGUAGAACUAUUCACAAAAGUUAAUGUUUUGUUAUCCAUUUUUCACUGAUUAUUUUCUGUUUGUUUUGGAUGAAUUGCUUUACUAGCAGAGUAACCUGACUAAAUUCACUGGAAAACAAUGCAUCAAGUGUCCUUGCACCUGGCUUGUUACCCCUUUGCAAAUAUUUCUUACGUUAACAGAUGAUUGUUUUCUUAACUCACCUAAAAUAAAUACACAAGAAUGUUCCAUGGGAGCACACUGAUAAUUUAUUGUGAACCUCUUUCAUUUCUGUUUUGUAUGCAAAUAAAAGUGGCAAGCUUUUGUAUGGUAAUUCUGCAUUUAUUUGAUUUUUAACUCAAAACAAUUGCAUUAGAUCUUCAGGGGAUAGAAUGCAAUGAGAAGGAAAUGCAUUUCCUGUUUAGAAUACAUUGGGGUAAUGGUUUUAUUUUAAAGUAAGUAGUAUAAACAUCAUUUCACCUUAUUUUUUAAAUUGUAUAUGGACAAAUGCAGAGAAUAACUAUGAGCUGAGGUAGUUGUACCAACUGCAGAUGUGAGAUUCCACAUGUUGACAUGCCCAAGUCAAAAGCCUGGCAGGUGUAGUUGGGAUGGCAACUUGGAUCAGCUAAUGAGGAGAGGAAGGCAAAAUGCCAACCCAACCACUUGAGCACAGAGCAAUUCAUCAUCUACAAACACAGUAAGUUAUAAAGAGACAAUAAACAGCUUUGAACAGCACUGGAGACUGAGCAAGAUUUAGCUCAAAAAUGGCCAUUUAAGUUGGAAGCAUAGGUUUGAAACACUUUUUCUUGUCUGAUACAGACAUGGAGAGGCUGUACUGUACAUCCCAGGAUGUAUUCCUGCUCAUCCCUGACUGGGAGAGGGUCUAGCCAUAUUCUGCAGUAAAGAAAAGCCUGUCAACCUUGGGCCUCUGGCAGCAGCUGCCAGCAGCUCCCUUAGCUCACCAGGAAGCUAAUGGGUACCUUUACUGUGUAAUCUCCAAUUAUCUCACCUGGAAUUCAGUCUCUAGCAGCACACAUGGUUUGCGUGUGUGACUAGCAAGCUCUGGCUGGGGACUGGAUACCUUCCUAGGUCUUCCUGUUUUCCCAUUACUUCUUUCACCUCGGACUCCAACCAUUUUCUUGGGGAAAGGUGAUCGAAGUUGAUGGAAUGUAAGUUGAAUGUCAAUUCAUUUCCUGCACUUGCAUUUAAAACACAAGGUAGAAAAUAUAAUGUAGUUUAUGGACUUUUUUAGCAGCUUAAUCCCACUUGGGAGAACACUGAGGCCCCAUGUGAGCAUGGCUCUCUCAGCCACGAGCAGGUACCACAGCCUGCCACAUGCAACUGAUACUCAGAGGUAUUAUCAAAACUAAAUACAGUGAUGCCUGGGGUCACAGGGUUAAUUUCCCUGCUGGCACUGCCUGUGAAUACCUGUGUUAAUUUACCCCACUGAAAACUCCAUCUGCCUCUCCCUGGCUGGCCCACUCCUAUCCAUGUUCUACUGCUACAGCUGAGUUGUGCCUGAGAUAUGCUGACCUGCAGCUCCUCUGGAAGUGACUGAGAAGAAAAUCAGCUUUCAAACAAUUCUGCUCGUGUUGUCUUUGAAAGACUUUGAGUCUCCUGCUAACAGUGCACAAUAUAUUAGCUCUGACUGGCUGUCCUGCAACACUAAAUACAAACCUCAAGCUCUUGUGGGACCACAGAGAGUGAUAGGGCAACACCAGGGAUGUAGGGACACACCAUAAUCAAACUGAUCAAGGCAAUUGGUGUUAUUUCUCUAUGAACACCCUGAUGCUAACAGGCUGACCAAAUCCCUAAAGGUGCUUGUGGUGUGCAGUUGAUGUCCCCUGUGCUCUGCCAAUCCAACAGCCCCCACACCAGACUCCUGGCUGGGGGAGCACCUGGCAGCAGCACAGCACCUCUCUGCUCACAGGAAUUCGGGUGCUCUUGGCCUGAGGGAUCCCCUGUGUGGGACACAGGCACAAUCAGCUGUCACUGCCACCUCCUCCUCACACCACAAGGAUGGACAUGGAGUGAAUUAAACAAGUGACUUGGGAUAAAAAAGUGGCCACACUUAUUCCAAUUUUAUAACAAUUUAUAUACUAAAGCACAAGCUUCAAUUGCAGUAGUUAAUUCAACUUUCUAUUUACUGUGCCAUUUACUGGCAUGAUGCUGACCAGAAUGCUUCUGGUAUCGUUGAUCAUAGUCACUUGCUGAACAUGUCUUGGUAAUAAAGAGUAACUAACUAGUGGGCUCUACCCAAUUAUAAAAAUACCAUUCAGGAGCUGUAUGCUUGCCAAAAGCAGUAAGACACAGUCAAGAUUUUCUCCAAAAUCCAGUCUCUGAAUAAUCGAGAGUAUCUCAUAUUUUUUCCAGACCACCUAAGAAACUGAAGCUGCUGACUGAAGUAUUCAGCACAUAAUGAACAGCUGAUGCCACACAGCUCUUACCAACAAACUGUGUAAUGUGUCCUUACACAGAAAAGAGCACUUACUGCAACUCAGGGCUUUCAAAAAUACUUUCACUAAUUAAUGCAGUGUAGUAACUUACUUGGAAGUGAAGGCUGCACAUUCACUAGGCAGGAAUUUUUCCUAAGAUAAGCCCAUCUGAAUAUCAAAGAAAGGCCCAAUACCAAACCAUUAUUUAAUGUAAUGAAAUAUGGUUACAAAUGAACAACUGAUUUUCUUCCUAUAUGAUGCUUGUAUGAAACAGACAUAGAACACUCAAAUUCUCCUCACCACACACUGUAAAAUUUGGCAAAUAAUGUACCAACAUUUCCUACAACACAGAAAACAACAGGUGCCUUACUUAUCUACAGAAUAGCUUUGGCUUGAGAGUUUUCAGAGCAGGAAAGCAGAAAGGAAUUUCAGGGAAGUAGCUUGCAAAAGUGAAGUAAGUUUUAAGACUUUUGCAUUAUUCAACACUUAAGUUUGAUUUCCUCAUUGGGUUUUCAUAGUAAAAAUGUUGCUGCUUUGUUCUGUAAUAUGUUCUUUUAAGUAAGUAAGGCAUAUUCCUGUGACUUGAAUGAAAAUCAGACUGAGGCUGAAGUGGGAAAAAAAGGAAAAUCUCUCUGUGAUCUGCCUUUACCGCCUGUUAUUUCAACAAGCGCUAAUGAAAUCUGUUCUGCACUGGGCUGUCAGCAGUGAGGAGUUGUCCUCCUAGUGAGGAAGAGCCACUUCAGAAAAUGCACUGCACAGCCCCAGAUGGCUGUUCUGGUUGGUAACAAGCAGAGUUACCAACACCCUGGAGUCCAGAGUGUGCCAUCUUCAAAAGCCAGCUGGAGCAAUGCUCUGCCUGGCUCUUUCCAAGGCAGACAGAACCACAGGGAUAUCAAAUCUCCCAAAGACAAUCAUGUAACAUCUCAACAUCAAGAAUAAAAUACCAUUAGGAACACAUUUAAUGAUAUUCAGCAGCCAGAAAGUAGAGUGACCCUUGCUGUUGUCAUUCAGCACACCCAAGAUUUAGAUGCAGAUGAACAAUAGUCUGAAAAA